AUGGAAGUCAUGAGCAACGGAGCUCCAUCGAUCGGCAAUCAUUCCGAUCAAGAGAUGGAGAAUCGAAAACCCAAAAUAAGAGCAGUGAAUCUGGGGGGCUGGCUCGUCACAGAAGGAUGGAUCAAGCCUUCCCUUUUUGAUGCAAUCCCCAACAAGGACUUCUUGGAUGGGACUAUUCUUCAGUUCAAAUCAAUGACGGUCAGAAAGUUUCUCUGUGCCGAGUCUGGUGGAGGAAGCCGAGUAGUCGCCAACAGCUCAGGGACUCCUGGUGGUGGCAAACACCCCGCAGGUUCCGGUCCCCGAUGGGAGACCUUCAGGCUGUGGAGAAUCAGUGAGGUGCUCUUCAACUUUAGGGUCGCCAACAAGCAAUUCGUCGGCCUGGACUCUAGUGGGGAUGGUGUCGAUUUGGUGGCUACAUGUGAUUCACCAGGAACACGAGAAACCUUUGAGAUCGUGAGAAACUUAAAUGAUCCAAACCGUGUUAGAAUCAGAGCUUCCAAUGGUUUCUUCUUACAGGUGAGGACAGAGAAACGAGUGACAGCUGAUUAUCAAUAUGACGAGAGCGAUGCUUGGGGAGAUAUAGAUCCAUCUGUGUUUGUGACGAGCUUCAUCAAAAGAUUGGAAGGCGAGUUCCAAAUCACGAAUGGUCUUGGACCACGAAAAGCCGCCGAAGUCAUGAGGGAACACUGGAGAACGUUCAUAGUGGAAGAAGAUUUCGAAUUCGUAGCCGAGAAUGGAUUGGACGCUGUGAAAAUUCCAGUAGGUUGGUGGAUGGCGAGUGACCCAAAUCCCCCACCCCCUUAUGUCGGCGGUUCGUUGGCCUUUUUGGACAAAGCCUUCUGUUGGGCAGAGAAGCAUGGGUUGAAGGUCAUAACUGACCUGCGCGCAGCACCUGGUUCCCAAAAUGGCUGGGAACGGAGCUCAUCAAGAGAUGGGUUCCAGGAAUGGGGAGACACAAAUGAGACCAUCCAACAAACCCUCCGUGUCAUAGAAUUCCUAACGUCCCGAUACACGAAGAGCCCGAGCCUUUAUGCCGUCGACCUUCUGAACGAGCCACUCACAGGGACGCUUCCUCGAGAGACUGUCAGUGGGUACUACAUUGCCGGGUACAAAGCUGUCCGCAAGCACUCCUCCGCUGCUUAUGUUAUCAUGUCCUGCAUGCCUGAAACCUCCAGCAUGGAGCUGCUGCUCCCCGAUGCGAGCGGCCUGGACAGGACAGUUGUGGAUAUGCAAUGCUAUUUUCUGUUCGACACAGAAUUCGACACCAUCCAAGAUAUCCUUCCUUUCAUAUACAAAGAUAGCGUUACCCAAGUGGACCGUCCCGCUUCAUCAAAUGGACCUCUCACUUUUGUGGGUGAAUGGGUAGUGGAGUGGGGACCGAAUGAUGCAACAAAAGAACAGUACCAAAAGUCUGCGGAGGUUCAACUGGAAGCAUACGGACGAGCCACGUUUGGAUGGGCAUAUUGGACUCUCAAGUGCGCAGAAGACCGCUGGAGCUUGGAAUGGAUGAUCAAGAACGGUGACAUUAAGCUUUAG